UUCACUAGGAAUCCAAAACAAUCAAUAGGCUCCCAACAAGAACACUUCACUUCAUCAACCUCGAUAUCACUUGCAUGCUAAAUUCCAUUUCGGUACCAUUUUCAUUUCAAAAUUAUUGCUUUACAUCGACUGAAAUAAACAGAAUCAAACAUUAUCAGAUUCAAUGGAUUGGGGAAAAGUAACCGCCGAGGAUCUGAUCGAUGCAUUUCGUGAAGUUGACUGGUCAUCACCGCCACGACCUCUCUCCGAAUUCUUCUCCCGGUUCACCGUCCCUCGAUCAUCGGCCAAAUGGCACAGCCGUUUUAAAUGCAAUCUCUACUAUUAUCGAACCAAUUAUUUCAUUCUGAUUGUUCUCGUUGUUGGUUUGGGAUUCUUGAGGAGGCCGGUUUCCAUUUUAGCUGCGAUUUUAACAGUGUUAAGCAUAGCUUUUCUGAACGAUAGUUUUGCUGGUACUUUUAGUGAGAAGGUGACUAGAACUGUGAGGCAAUUCUAUCCACAUUUAGCAGCUAAGAUGAGGCCUCCCCUUACGUCUGUUAUUCGUGGACGUCCAUCAACUAAAAGAAUAGUUCACAUAUGUGGUCGGCCUCGUUGGGUUUUUGUCAUCAUAUUUUCUUCUGUAAGUUUCAUCCUCUGGUAUGUAUCCUGUGGUCUCUUGACUGUGCUAUGGGCACUUGCCGUUGCACUUCUCGCCAUUCUUCUUCAUGCAAGUUUUAGAACACCGAACCUGAAGGCUCGUCUUAACACUUUCCAUGAGGAGUUUCGUGCAGUUUGGCGCAAUUACAGUGAGCUAUGAGCUCACAGUCUAUAUCAUGUAAAACAAUUUUUAUGGACUAGAUUCAUGUUUAUCCCCCUGGUUUACACCGGGUCUAGUCAACUGACCAGGCCCUUCUAAGUUUAACCACUCUCUUGAAUCAUUGUAGUAGUAAAACUUGGGAGAACUACUUGUCCCAAAAUUUGUUGUCACUAUCAUUUCUGAACCUGAUGCAUUUCUUCUCUUAUAACUUCUAUCUUCUACAGCACUUCUUUUAUUCAUUUGUAUUCUGCUUCUGGUACGUGAGUGGUAUGGCUUAAACAUCAGUACUUGUUGUGGAGUUCAUUUUACGACCCUGAUUGCCGAUAUUCGG